CUGGCUCAAACUCAAUGAGUUAGGUUUCUCUUUCAUCUGUGUCAUAGAGAGUAUCGAAAAAUAAUAUUAGAAGCAUUUUUUUCUCCAUGAACUUACACACGAACAAAAUACACUCUUUGACGAUCUUCUCGAUGCUCUUUUUCUCUCUUCUUCCUUCAUAAUCUCUCUCUCACACACCACGCACUCUUCAACUCCUUCAAUUGCGUAUCCAGAUCUUUCAUUCCGAUUUUAAUCGUCUUUGAUUGCAGGAUUCACUACACGGAGUAAUCCGCUUGCACAAGUGGAAAAAUGGCCUCAAUGACCCAAUCUACCGUGUCAUUUACUGGAAAUUUGGCUUCCAAACCCUCUGCUUCAGAUCUUCUUAAAAGUUCUAGUAAUUCUAUUUGUGGUGUACCCCUAAAAGCACUUGGAAGAGCCCAACUAGGAGCAAAACGGAGAGACUUUACUAUCUCUGCAAAGGUUAGGAAAGUGAAAAGGCAUGAAUAUCCAUGGCCAGAGGAUCCUGAUCUGAAUGUGAAGGGUGGAGUCCUCAGCCAUCUCUCACCUUUCAAGCCUUUGAAAGAGAAGCCGAAGCCAGUGACCUUGGAUUUUGAAAGGCCUCUUUUGGAUCUGCAGAAGAAAAUUGUUGAUGUGCAAAAAAUGGCAAACGAAACUGGGCUGGACUUCAGUGAUCAAAUAAUUUCUCUAGAGAAUAAAUAUCAACAGGCACUGAAAGAUCUGUACACGCAUUUGACUCCUAUACAGCGUGUGAACAUUGCACGGCAUCCUAAUAGGCCAACAUUUCUUGAUCAUGUCUUCAAUAUUACAGAGAAGUUUGUAGAGCUCCAUGGUGAUAGAGCUGGAUAUGAUGAUCCUGCUGUGGUUACUGGUCUUGGUACAAUUAAUGGUAGGAGUUACAUGUUCAUGGGUCAUCAGAAGGGACGAAAUACAAAGGAGAAUAUUCAGCGCAACUUUGGGAUGCCUACACCCCAUGGUUAUCGGAAGGCACUACGCAUGAUGUACUAUGCAGAUCACCAUGGAUUUCCAAUUAUUACAUUCAUUGAUACUCCGGGGGCAUAUGCUGACCUUAAGUCCGAGGAACUUGGCCAAGGGGAAGCAAUAGCUCAGAACUUAAGGACUAUGUUUGGUCUGAAAGUACCAAUUGUCUCAAUUGUAAUGGGAGAAGGUGGCUCUGGUGGAGCUCUUGCUAUUGGUUGUGCCAACAAACUAUUAAUGCUUGAAAAUGCAGUCUUCUAUGUUGCCAGCCCAGAGGCAUGUGCUGCAAUCUUGUGGAAGACUGCUAAAGCUUCUCCAAAGGCAGCUGAGAAGCUAAAGAUAACAGCUAAAGAACUGUGCAAGCUAGAAGUUGCUGACGGCAUCAUCCCUGAACCUCUUGGCGGUGCGCAUGCUGAUCCAUAUUGGACCUCACAACAGAUAAAAACUGCAAUUGUUGAAUCAAUGGAUGAACUUGUAAAAAUGGACACAGAAAAACUGCUAAAACAUAGGGCUCAAAAGUUCCGUAAACUUGGUGGAUUUCAAGAGGGAAUUCCGAUAGAUCCAAAGAAGAAGGUCAAUAUGAAAAAGAAAGAAGAAGCCAUAGUUGUGUCUAAGACUUCAGAAGUGGAGUUAAGGGAUGAGGUUCAGAAACUGAAACAGCAGAUUGAGAAAGCUGGUAAAGUGUCUGCAGAUCAUCCGGAGCCAGGUCUCAAUGAGAUGAUAGAGAAGUUGAAAAGAGAGAUUGAUUAUGAAUAUGAAGAAGCUGUAAAAGCGGUAGGUUUGGAGGACAAAAUUAUAAUGUUGCGCGAAGAAGUUGCAAAAGCAAGGAAUUUAAAAGACCAGCUCACACCAGCAUUAAAGGAAAAGAUUGAACAGUUGAAUGAUGAAUUUAACAAAAAUCUUUCCACAUCUCCUAAUUACUCCAGCCUGAAAUAUAAACUUGAUAUGUUGGAGGAGUUAUCCAAUGCUCAGAAUAUGUCAGAAAAGGGCACCGACGCUGACAAACUGAAAGCGGAAAUUGAUAAGAGAUUCAAAGAAGUCAUGGAUCGGCCUGAUUUAAAACAAAAGAUUGAAACAGUUAAGGGUGAAAUUGCAAAAUCAGGGGUGUCCGAAGUAGUUAAUUUAAACCAAGAUCUAAAGGAAAAAUUUGUGCAGUUGAGCCAAGAGUUAGAGUCAGAAUUUAAAACUAUCCUUGAAUCUAUGGGUUUGCAGGUGUAUCCACGAUCAGCCCUGGAAGCGAAGGCAAAACUAGACAACCUCAACGAAGAAACUAAUAUGAUUAUAGAAGAUGUUAUCAAUUCCUCAAACUUGAAAGACAAAAUUGAUCUGCUAAAGAUGGAAAUGGCAAAUGCUGGAAAUGCACCUGAUGCUGAGUCAAAAAAUAAGAUUCAGGCUUUGGAGGCAGAAAUCAAGCAGGCUGUUGCUGAUGCUGUAAGUUCCCCUGAACUGAAAGACAAGUACGAGAAGCUGCAGGCUGAGAUAGUUGAAGCCACUAAAUCUUCUGUUGGAUCAGACGGAAGUUCGGUAAAACAAAAUGUAGAAGAUGACAAGUUGAAGCAUGAUGGAUCGCCAGUAGAAGUCAAUUCAGAAGCAAACCGCAGCUUUGUCUAAAUGUAAGUGCAUAAAAUUUUGUUGUUUCUCAAUGUCUUUGUUGAGCAUGAUUCCGUGACGAAUUGUUGUUCACAGAUGAGAUUCUUAUAAAAUUAAGAUGGUCGUGAAUAAAUCUGUUGAACAUGCUGUGGAUAGGGGAACUUUCUUCAAUCUUCGGUUUUUUCCUGCACCAAGCCCCAGAGGUUUUGAAUUCGCAAAAAAGUGUGAUGGUGGCUCAUAAGUUAUGCUUUAUUCAGCUUGUUUUUCCUUCUUAGACUAAACCUUUAAACUUUACAUUGUUUAGAUUUUAGUUUUUAAUUUAUGUUGCUUUGGAGUUGUGUUAACUGCCUUUUGUUUAAGCAGAUAAAGAAACAUAUAGUUGUAUAAUUAAAUGUACGAGUUCCAAGAUUAACGGAAAAGCAUUGUUAAUAA